GGCCGACUACUGUAUGCUCAAUAAUCUUUCUACCAUUUCAAUUGCAGAAUACUCUUUCUCUUACAUCUCUCACCUGGUCUUUCUCACUCCAUUUCGAGAGAAUUUUGAUCACUUCAUUUCUUCGCCAUUUUUCCCUCUUAUUGAAACCUUUUGCAUUGCGCGAUUCUUUAAACAAUGUGCAAACACAUUCUUAACGCUCAAGUAGCUAUCCGAUCACCAUGCUGCCGAAAAUGGUUUGACUGCGCCGAGUGCCAUGCGGAACAAGAAGAUCACCAGCUCCUGCAGAAAUUUGAGAUGAUUUUCGCGUGCAAAAAGUGCAAGAAAUGCUUCCGUAAAGAUGCACAAGAAUUCGAUGAGAGCGACGAGUACUGCCCACACUGCGAUAAUCAUUUCGUUAUCGAAGCCGUUACCCCAAAGCCUGUGCUAAACUUUGAAGGCGAGGAUGCUCGCAAAGAUUCAAGGAUGUUGAGGGACGACCGGGUGAAGCAAAAGGAAUUGAGAUCGAUCUUCGACGUUGAGGAUGCGCCCAAUCGGCUUGGAUAAAGGUAACGAUAGCGUCACCGUCCGGUGACAAUGAUUCUGGGACGAGGCAAUACCUUCAAUCCGGUACAUCUUAUGGACUGGGGGAGAGUCCUGCAGAUUUUCUCCUCCUUAUUGGCACUUGCAUUUGAGCGCAUCAGUAUCAGUCGCAGCGUUUAUUUAUACAUCUUGGAGCAUUUGGGCGGGGCAUAGGAAAGGGCAUGCGCUGAAUGAGACAGAAAUUUUAUAUAUCCGUUAC